GUGUUAUAUACUUUCCCUUAUCUGAUUCCACGUUAAUGAAAGUGAGUUUUGUAGUUGUAGAGGACUGGGAGAUAGAACUGGGGGAUACUUUGGAUCUUGAGUCUUCACUUCGACUAUCCUGCAAGGCCCCGAGGUUGGUACUCGGGGUAGACACUCCGAUGCUUAAGUCAGCAAUAGUCAGAGCUACUAGUUAUGGAGCAAGAGUAAGAGCUGAGUUCGAGGUUGAUUUCCGAUACCUUUCAGAGUUGAAUCCUGGGAACUACUGCGGAGCAAGAGCAGAGGGGACGAACUCGAGUCCAACUGAGCUCGUCGUCCUUCAAUCGAAUCGAGGUAGCUGGAUGUUGGGGGCCGCUCCUGGUGUCCGAGGUCGUGCAUCUUGGGCAGCUACGAAGUACGCGACUUCGGACUGGCAACAUGCUUCAUCUCAUGACCUCUGACUGCCUACGUACCUCUGAUACCUCAUGACCUCUGUCAUGGCACAUACCUCUGAUACCUCAUGACCUCUGUCAUACCACAUACCUCUGAUGCCUCAUGACCUCUGUCUACCACCACUACACUAUUCCCCCCCACGAAGUCAUUCACUUGU